AUGUCAUCGCUAACAAAGCUUUUGCAAGAUAGGCGAAAGAACGAGAUUCCAACGUCAAACCUGACGUCUUCACUACAAGCCGCUGUAGUCACUCAGCAAGGACUUUUGAGGGAACAGAUGCAUGGAGGAAUACCCCCUAUUGCAGAACACGAGCCGUUUACAGAGAGAGGUGUGCGUACUAGGAAGGUUGGAAGGUCUGAUUCAGAUAGUGAUAAUGAGGACUUCGUGCGUGGAUCACCAGAAGUCAAGGCAUAUGGUUUGCAGUCAAUAUUGGAGUCCAAUUCAUCAAGUACAGCGGCUAUGCAUAACAGCGGUACAUUUACUAGGGAACAUGCUGGGUCUUUGCUGCUGACCGAGGAUGGCAGGUCGGGUCGUAACGGCCGCAGUUUUCCAUCUUUGUCAUCUGGCAUUCCGUAUUCAGUACCUAAUUCCAAUUCCGGGCCCUCCCAGUCGAGUGCGGGCGGAACAGGGAACGAAAGCACCAGUGUGGGUUCCGCCAAUGCUUCUCAAUGGAUGGACAAAUACGGCAAUUCACUACCUAAAAAUAUUUCUGCGAUUGAUUCAAACGUAAUAUUAUCCCCUAAAGUUGACAGCGUGGAACCACGCUUUGUCAUUUCGCGCCAAAAACUCCAGAAAAGUUGUGCGGAGGGUUCUCACCAUAGCCUGUCUCGUUCCAACUCGCUUACCUCCCAGUUGGGAACGUUUUUCUUUAAUCGAAACGCGAAGGAUCCACCAUCGUCCAUAGGACAUCAUAAUUCCACAUCCGCCAACAGCGGACCUAACAAGGAGAAUGUACCGCACGAUAAAAGUAUCCCUAGGCCAAUUCGUGGAAGGAAGAGUUCCCUACAGAGUGCAUACAGACAGCCUACGGGGUCAUUUAAUGACUCAUUCACUGAGUCCCCGCCAUUUAAUGAACACUAUAUGAAUCAACCCAUUCCAAAAUCGCGCCAUACUUCGUUUGCGGAUUUAAAGCGCUUUUUUAGGAAAAAUAGUUCUGGCAGCCAGUCAAGUGUAUCUCCGGGCACCCCUCCCAUUUCUACAGGGUCCUUUUCGUCUCAUAGUUCAAACCAUUCUUCACUGAUAUCAACCUCUUAUGCUAAUCAAUUGGUCGAUAAUCUGUAUAACCAUGCGACCAGUGGGUUGUGUCAGGGCAUUCCAUUUUCUAAACGUUACUCCAAAAUGGGGGAAAAGCUAGGUGCAGGCGCAGGCGGAUCUGUUAAGCUUGUCAAGAGGUUGAGGGACAAUGCUGUUUUUGCAGUUAAGGAGUUUCGUGCGAAAUACGAUACAGAGUCUAAACGUGAUUACGUCAAGAAGAUAAUAUCCGAGUAUUGCAUCGGAAUAACUCUGCGCAACCCAAACAUUAUAUCAACCGUUGAAAUUACGUACGAUAAUAACAGGAUCCUGCAGGUUAUGGAAUAUUGUGAUUAUGACCUAUUUGCUAUUGUGAUGAGUAACAAGAUGUCCUACGAGGAAAUUUGUUGCUGUUUUAGACAGAUCCUGCAAGCUGUUGAGUAUCUGCAUUCCCUUGGACUAGCACAUCGGGAUCUGAAGCUGGACAACUGUGUCAUUAAUAGCCAGGGAAUUGUCAAGCUAAUUGAUUUUGGCGCAGCAGUUGUUUUUACGUAUCCGCACUCAGGUACUCUUGUUGAGGCAAGCGGAAUUGUUGGCAGUGAUCCUUACUUGGCACCUGAAGUUUGCAUUUUCACAAAAUAUGAUCCCAGACCAGUCGAUAUAUGGUCGGUUGCGAUUAUAUUCUCAUGCAUGAUUCUGAAGAAGUUCCCAUGGAAAGUGCCAAAACUAAGAGAUAACUCGUUCAAACUCUUCUGUUCCGGUAGAGACUGUGAUUCGUUAGGCGCAUUGGUCAGUCUUACACCCAAUCCACCGUCUUACGAAACAGCUGUAGAAGAUAAAGAAACUAACCCACCCAAGUCUAACAAUGCUUCAGAUCCAAACAACCCUAACAUAGGACCACAAAGGUUGCUCCAUUCCUUACCCGAAGAAAGUCAGCAUAUAAUCGGUCGCAUGAUUGCAUUAGCUCCUGCAUGCAGGGCUUCCAUAGAAGAGAUUAUGGAAGACGACUGGAUCCAAUCUAUAGAAAUGUGCUAUGUUUUAGAGGCUACUGGCAGGACAGUUCGGAGUGAAUCCCAUGCACAUACUGAGGUUGAUCAAAGCGAAGCCCAUAUUGCAGGACUAGAAAAGAAAAACAAGAAAACCUCCAAAUGA